AUGGUUUGGAGGUGGAGGAGAGAGUCUGUAAGUCUUCCAUGCUUCAGGAGCACCUACAGGUCAAUUUUUCUUUUAUUUGCCCUUGGGUCUUCAGUAAACUCAUUAAGUCUUCCUCAGUGGAAGGAUCCUGACUUCCCAGUCACUGUCACUUGCGAUGAAAACGAAGUGAGACUUAAGUUUCCAAGCAGUUUUGACAUGGAAAAAUGGCAACCUUCUGUGGUGGAUACCUCUGGUGAUAAAAUUUUGAACUGCACUUAUGCCCUGGACUCAGAAAAGCUCAUCAUGAAGUUUCCUUAUGAACCCUGUGCUACAAGCGUAUUUGGUGGGUACCAGGUGACCAUCAGGGUCCAGGACAACAGUACUGACAUAAAAUCAGGCAUGCAUCAUUUCUCCUGUCCGUUUAUGAAAACGGAGAUCCACGAGGUUUCAGAAGUCGUAGUCUGCACAAAGGACUUUGUAUCUUUUUCCUUCCCAUAUGUUUUCUCUAAGCUUGCUGAUGAUGAUCAGGUAAGACAAGGGAGCAGUCGUCUCUCUACUGUGGAGCUGCAGCUUUUGUUCUCAAUUCCUGGGCAGAAGGUCACCUUCUUCUCACAAGCUGUCUGUGCAUCAGAUCUUUCUGUGGCUUGCAAUGCUACACACAUGACUCUCACCAUACCAGAAUUUCCUGGGAAGCUAAAGUCUGUGGACUUUGGAAAAAGCAGCAUCCCCGAGAUGCAAUGGCAUGCCAAUGGGAUUGACAAAGAAGCAACAAAUGGCUUGAGACUACAUUUCAGAAAAACUCUCCUGAAAACAAAACCCUCUGAAAAAUGUCCACCCUAUCAGUUCUACUUCUCUUCACUCAAGCUGAAUUUUUACCUCCAAUCAGACAUGGUAUCCUUGGUGAUUGAUCCUGAGUGCCACUGUGAGUCACCAGUCUCUAUAGUUGCAGAUGAACUGUGUACACAGGAUGGCUUUAUGGACUUUGAGGUCUACAGCCACCAAACAAAACCUGCUCUGAACCUGGAGACCCUCCUGGUGGGAAACUCCUCCUGUCAGCCUAACUUCAAAUCUCAGUCACAGGGCCUUGUACGGUUCCAUAUACCUCUGAAUGGAUGUGGAACGGGACAGAAAUUUGAAGGUGAUAAAGUCAUCUAUGAGAAUGAAAUACAUGCUCUCUGGAAAAAUCUACCACCAAGCAUCAUAUUCAGGGAUAGUGAGUUCAGAAUGACAGUGAGGUGUUAUUACACCAAGGGCAGUGUGCCACUAAAUGCCAAUAUCAAAAGUCUUCUUUCUCCAGUGGCCUCUGUAAAGCCAGGUCCACUGAUGUUGGUCCUGCAAACCUACCCAGACAAAUCCUACCAACAACCUUAUAGGAAGGAUGAGUAUCCUCUAGUGAGAUACCUCCGCCAGCCAAUCUACAUGGAAGUGACUGUCUUGAACAGGAAUGAUCCCAGUAUCAAACUGGUCUUAGAUGACUGCUGGGCAACAUCUUCUAGGGACCCAGCCUCUGUCCCCAGUGGCACAUUGUCGUGGAUGGCUGUGAAUAUGAACUGGAACUACCGCACUACCUUCCAUCCAGCUGGCUCCUCUGUGGUCCAUCCUACUCACUACCAGAGGUUUGACGUGAAGACCUUUGCCUUUGUAUCGGAGGCACAGGGGCUCUCUAGCCUGAUCUACUUCCACUGCAGUGCCUUGAUCUGCAACCCAGGGUCCCUUGACUCCCCUCUGUGCUCUGUGACUUGCCCUGCACCAUUGAGGAGCAAACGAGAGGCCAUCAAAGAAGAUACAAUGACAGUUAGCCUUCCAGGACCCAUUCUCUUGUUGUCAGAUGACUCUUCACUUAAAGAUGAUAUGGUCCCUAACAGGCAUGAGAUUGCCAAGGAUACUGCUUCUAAAACAGUAACUAUUGUGGCUGCAUUAGUGGGUUCAGUGGUGAUUGUUGGCUUCAUCUAUUACCUGCAUAAGGAAAGAACUAUGAGGUUGAAUCACUGA